AUGACUACGCCAGAGCCCGUAUCCCGCAAGGCAGCGCACUUCACGCUUGAAAACGUCAUCCGGCCGAAUAUCCUCGCUCUUCAUCCGUACCGAUGCGCGCGCGACGACUACUCCGAAGGGAUUCUGGUCGACGCGAACGAGAACGCUAUCGGCCAUGCAAUCUCUAAAGCUACAUCCCCGGCAGACGGCGCGCAGGAUAUGGCUCACAUGCUCGACCUGGACUUGAACCGCUAUCCCGAUCCCUCGCACCCAGCCAUCAAAUCGCGCAUCGCCGAGCUGCGCGGUUUGCCUGGAUCGGGAUACGUCUUUCUGGGCGUAGGAUCGGACGAGUGUAUUGAUCUACUCAUGCGUAUAUGCGUGAAGCCGGGUGGAGAGGAGAAGAUUCUCACCUGUCCGCCGACGUACGGGAUGUACGCCGUUUGCGCGCAAGUGAACGAUAUCGGUGUGGUCAAGGUUCCGCUAGAACUGAGCGGCGACAAAGGAGAAGGUGGUGAGGAAGGUCGGUUCAGUGUCCGUGUUGAUGAGGUAAAGCAGGUUCUGGCAUCGGACCCCUCGAUUAAGCUCGUGUUCUUGUGUUCUCCCGGUAAUCCCACUGGGACUUUGCUGUCUCUCAAGAGUAUUCGGGCCAUAUUGGACUUUGAACCGUUCAAGGGCAUCGUGAUGGUCGAUGAGGCGUACAUUGACUUCUCGGAACCCGGUACCAGUGCUGCACAACUCAUCGAAGAAUACCCCAACCUGUGUGUCAUGCAAACGCUUAGCAAGAGCUUCGGCCUUGCCGCUAUUCGUUUGGGUAUCACGUUGGCACAACCACCAUUGCUACAAAUUCUUUCGAACACGAAGGCACCGUACAAUAUCUCAACACCGACCGCCUACCUUGCACAACAAGCUCUAUCCCCAGAAUCAUUGUCUGUCAUGAGAUCCAACGUGCAAACGCUCUUAGAGCAGCGCACGGCGCUUCUGGGUUUGCUCAAAACCGUGGAUGGUUUGGGUCCGGCGAUCGGCGGUAACGACGCAAACUUCAUCAUGGUCCCCGUGUUGGCGAAGGACGGAAGCGGAACUCCCGAUAGCGCGCGAGCGCAACGCGUAUACAAGACGCUUGCGGAGGAAGAGGGCGUCGUCGUGCGUUAUCGCGGGAACGAAUUGGGUUGUCCAGGAUGUCUACGCGUCACCGUCGGGACGGAGGCGGAGAACAAUGUUGUUGUGGAGAAGAUGCGUAAAGUGUUGAAGGCCCUCUAG